AUGGCAGCCAUUAGGAUCUCCACGUCUAAGGAUCGGGAAACCGGCAAUGACUCGUCGUCCGAUCCAGAAAAACAACUCGGAACUACCUAUGUUGUUGGGGACACACCAGCUGCCAGUGCUCCUGAGUAUGUCGAGUUUAUGCGACUCAAGGAGCAUUUCGAAUCAGACCCGAAGGCUCAUCGAAGACUCAUCCGGCUUCUUGACUUUCGCAUUCUGCCGUUUCUGUUUCUCUAUUAUCUGUUGAACUCCUUGGACAAGUCAAAUGCCGGAAAUGUCAAAAUCUACACUUUCCUCCAAGAUGCGCACAUGACAAGCCAUCAGUUCAAUUUGGCGUUGACAUGGUACUUCUUUACUUAUGCCGGUUUGGAAGCACCAUCAAACAUGUUGAUGCGCAAAUAUGGUCCACGAUAUUGGCUUUCCGGAUUGGUCAUCUGUUGGGGAGCCGUGACUCUCGGAAGCGCAUGGGUCAAAAGCUACGGCGACUACUGUGCCGCGCGUAUUAUGCUCGGUUUCUUCGAAGCCGGUCUUUUUCAAGGCUGCUUUUACACCUUGAGCUGUUGGUAUCUUCCUUCGGAGCUGCAGACUCGUUGUGCCUGGUGGUACAGCGCCACUAUGCUUUCAGGAGCUUUUGGAGGUCUCCUCGCAUACGCAGUCGGACCCCUGCAGGGCCACCUUGGGCUCAAGCAAUGGCAAUACCUCUUCAUUAUCGAGGGUUCUCUCACAAUGUUCUUCGGUAUUCUUGGCUUGUGGCUUUGCCCUGACUUCCCUGAGAAAUGGGGCUCCAGGUGGUUCAAGUCCGAUGAAAUGAAGUAUUUGCAGCUGAGAGUCAAGUACAAGGACGGCCCGAUCCCUCCUGAUGACACAUUUAGAUGGAGCGCAUUUUGGGAGGCUGUCAAAGACUGGAAGACGUACUUCAUUGCUUCUCUUCUGGCCUUCGGUGGCUCGGUACCUACAUACUCGGUCAACUACACCCUCGCGACUAUGGUCAAGAAUCUGGGAUACAGCUCCAUUAGGGCCCAGGCCCUUACUGCACCCCCAUACGUAUUUGCUUUUAUCUGUGUCAUCUUGAUCGCAAGAUAUUCCGAUAAAUAUCAAUGCCGUGCUCGGUCCCUCAUCAUCAGUUACACUGUCGGAACCAUUGGCAUUGUUAUCCUGUGGCCAACGCUGUACCACAAGAGCAUGGCCGGCGUCUCCUACUUCGCUCUCUUCCUUGUAGUUGCAGGCUACAACAUGCAAGCUCCGGCAGUAGGUUCGUGGCUGGGAACCAAUGUACGUAACCCUGCCAAGCGAGCAGCGGCCAUGGGCUGGCAAUCGACAUUCGGCCAGUUGGCUGGCGGCUGUAUCGGAGCAAACAUCUUCGUGGACAAUGAGGCGCCGACGUACAAAUCAGGAUUCAUCAUUCUUCUGGUCCUGGUGAUCGUUGGCGGUUAUGGCGCCUGUAUUGGUAACUGGUAUUGCUUGCGAGCUGCGAACAAGAAGAAGGAUGCCAUCCCGCUCGAGGAGCUGGAGGGCAAGUACUCGGAAGAAGAGCUUGCGAAGAUGGGCGAAUACUCUCCGUAUUUCAGAUACAUCCUGUAA